UGAAGAAGUCACCUACUAGAACCUCGGGGCAGCCGACGCCGUCGUCUACUGAGGACUGGAGACUCGAGAACCGCAGCCGCUUGUAACGUUAGCAACUCCAGCGUGACACCAUGGCGGACGGCCGGGAUCCUGCCAGCGACCAGAUGAAGCAGUGGAAGGAGCAGCGGGCCGCGCAGAAACCCGAUGUCCUGACCACCGGAGCCGGUAACCCAGUGGGAGACAAACUGAACCUCAUCACGGCAGGGCCCCGCGGGCCUCUGCUCGUCCAGGAUGUGGUCUUCACGGAUGAAAUGGCUCACUUUGACCGGGAGAGAAUUCCAGAGAGAGUGGUGCACGCCAAAGGAGCAGGGGCCUUUGGUUACUUUGAGGUCACUCAUGACAUUACCAAAUACUGCAAGGCAAAAGUGUUCGAGCAUAUUGGGAAGAAGACGCCCAUUGCAGUUCGGUUCUCCACUGUCGCUGGAGAAGCAGGCUCUGCUGACACAGUCCGUGACCCUCGUGGGUUUGCAGUGAAAUUUUACACAGAAGAUGGCAACUGGGAUCUUGUGGGAAAUAACACUCCCAUUUUCUUCAUCCGGGAUGCGCUACUGUUUCCAUCCUUUAUCCAUAGCCAAAAGAGGAAUCCUCAAACACACCUGAAGGACCCAGACAUGGUCUGGGACUUCUGGAGCUUACGCCCUGAGUCUCUGCAUCAGGUCUCUUUCUUGUUCAGUGACCGAGGGAUUCCGGAUGGACAUCGGCACAUGAAUGGAUAUGGGUCGCAUACUUUCAAACUGGUCAAUGCCAACGGAGAGGCAGUUUAUUGUAAAUUCCACUAUAAGACUGACCAGGGCAUCAAAAACAUCCCUGUUGAGGAAGCAGCAAGACUUUCUCAGGUGGAUCCUGACUAUGGCAUCCGGGAUCUUUUCAAUUCCAUUGCCAAAGGCAACUACCCCUCCUGGACUUUUUACAUCCAGGUCAUGACAUUUGAUCAGGCGGAAACGUUUCCAUUUAAUCCAUUUGAUCUCACCAAGGUUUGGCCUCACAAGGACUACCCUCUUAUCCCUGUUGGUAAAUUGGUCCUGAAUCGGAAUCCAACUAAUUACUUUGCUGAGGUUGAACAAAUGGCCUUUGACCCAAGCAACAUGCCACCUGGCAUUGAACCCAGCCCUGACAAAAUGCUUCAGGGCCGUCUAUUUGCCUAUCCUGAUACUCAUCGCCACCGCCUAGGCCCCAACUAUCUUCAGAUACCUGUGAACUGCCCCUAUCGUACUCGAGUGGCCAACUAUCAGCGUGAUGGCCCCAUGUGCUUCACCGACAAUCAGGGUGGUGCUCCCAAUUACUACCCCAACAGCUUCAGCGCCCCAGAGCAGCAGCGUUCCGCCCUGGAGCAUGGCAGCCGCUGUUCUACUGAUGUGCAGCGCUUCAACAGUGCCAAUGAAGACAAUGUCAGCCAGGUGCGAGACUUCUACUUGAAGGUGCUGAACGAAGAGGAGAGGAGACGUCUGUGUGAGAACAUCGCUGGCCACCUCAAAGACGCACAGCUCUUCAUCCAGAAGAAAGCCGUCAAGAACUUCAGUGACGUCCACCCUGACUAUGGGGCCCGCAUCCAGGCUCUUCUGGACAAGUACAAUACUGAGAAGCCCAAGAAUGCCAUCCACACCUUUGUGCAGUCCGGAUCUCACCUGGCUGCGAAGGAGAAAGCCAAUCUGUGAGACCAGGAGCCCUGUCAUCCACCUGGCCCACACAGCCACCCACGACGUGUGCACGUGGGACCCGCUUGCUGCCGGAUGGAAGGUUCUCCUGGAUGCGAGAUGCGCAGAUGCAAACUAAAGACCCAGCUUCCUAUAGGCAAUAAUGCAGCAAUGACUUCAUGAAGGGGAGGGGUUUACUAAUCACCUCAAAGGGAUGCAGAUUUGCUUUUGGCAGUUGUUUGGUUCCUUCACUUAAAACGACUCUAGUCAGAAAUACAAUGUCAUUGGAUGGGAGGAAACUCUUAGUGAAAUCAAUAUGUUUACAUAUCACCUCAAGGCCUGUGAUGUAAAAAUGUGGCUGUAAAUUAUACAAGAAGAAAAGAUAAAGAUGAUCCACUCAGAAAUGUUUAUUUUUCUAAAGUCCUCCUGGGAGGAGCCCACUUAAUGCCGCCAUGGAGAGUUACUGCAGCAGCACCACAGCUCACGGCUCCUGCUUGUGACUCUUGAUUCCUCUUCUUUCUUUUCCGCUUGGCUAUUACAUUUAUGCUUGCACAUCAUUGAUUUUACAACACUGAUUUGUGAUUGCUCACGUUUUUACAAUAAAGUAAUUGUACUGAAGAACAGGA